AUGUGGUCCAUGAUCAAAGAAGGGUACGAAGGUCUCGUGUGUACAGUGAUUCGCCCAUUGAGGGCCCAAUACGCCGCGUCGGAGCUCGGACCAAGGUACGCACAAAUCGGAGGUGUUUCGGUGCAGCGCGUGGACCUCAAGCUCAAGAACCCAGCGGGCUUGACGCUCGAGUGCAGCUGGUGGAAGCCUUGCAAGUCCAAGACCGGACAAGCGGCUGAGCAGAAAGACGAGCGCCGUCCGUGUAUUGUGGUGCUGCAUGGCAACAGUUCCUGUCGGCUAGGCGCUCUUGAGAUCGUCAUGUAUGCACUGCCAGCAGGUUUUACAGUCUUUGCACUGGAUUUCAGUGGCUCCGGGCUGUCUGAAGGCAAGUACGUCUCGCUUGGGUACCAUGAACAGACCGACAUUGCCACGGCAGUGCAGUACGUAACCAAGACCAAAGAAGUGUCGAAGUUGUGUCUAUGGGGACGCAGUAUGGGAGCUGUCGCCGCAUUAUUUCAUGCAGAGUCCGAUUCGUUCGUGAGUGCGAUGGUACUAGACUCGCCAUUCUCGAGUUUGCCAAAGCUAGCCACCGAGUUAGUCGAAGAUGGCAAGCUUGGCGUGCCGAAGAUUGCAGUGAGGCUCGUCAUGCGACUCAUACGACGCGAUAUCAAGAAGCGGGCAAAGUUUGACAUGUUCAAGUUGAAGCCGAUCGCCAAGAUUAACAAGUGCACGGUUCCUGCUUUCUUUGUGGUGGGCUUGCAAGACGAGUUGGUUGGUCCACACCACGUUGAAGCGCUAUAUAGGCUUCACGGCGGCCCGAAUCAGUUGUUCAAGUUCCCAGGCGGCCACAACAGUCCGCGCCCAUUCAACUUUUUUAUCCAAGCGUUGCAGUUUUUGCGAGUAAUGGUAGGACUGAUGCCGUUGCCAGACGAUCUGUCGACAUUUGAUUUGCCGCCAGCACAACGACGGCAAACGCGAUCGAAAACAUUGGAUAAAAAGGUGCCUCCCGUGCGCUACAGAUCAUCGCGGGUAUACAAGAAUCCACUAGAGCUAGGUGUUUCGAUUGAGGUUGUGCACAAGAUGUCGGUCAAGGAGCUGAAGCUGUGUAUCGAUCGUGCUGGAUACAGCGAUGUUACGUGUAUUGAGAAACGUGACAUGGUUGAUCUCGUUCUCAAGCUGUACGCUCGAUACAGACGAUCCAGCAAGCAAGCAACAAACGGCAGCCAGCGACCUGCAGCAAUGUCGUUACCGUCAGCAGAAGGGACUGGUAUUAUCUUGAGCAACAAAGCAGCUUCCGUACCAGACUCGACCGAGAGCAAAUUAGCAUUGCCGACCAUUUCUCAUGCCGUCGUUUCUACCGAAGCAGAAGAAAGCUCGCCUACACCAAGGGGUCGCUGUUGUAGUGAAGGAUGUGUUUCUGCUGGUAAUGCACGUGCAACAGCGACAUCAGAUUCAGCGACGCUGGCUGCUCCGAUAAAGAGUACCACAUCAAGCAUGAUAUCUGACGCGGAAUUGGAUCGGCGCUUAAGUAUUGAUCGGUCGAGUGACGCGUCGGAUGCGGACGAGUCUGCAAAGUAG